CUAAUUUUCUUUCGUUGCUUCUACUGCUUGUCAUUAAGGACGUUUAUAGAUACUCUUUGAUCUGGAAUUGAGAGUUCAAUUGUCGGAAAGAGAUCCAUGGAGUGGGCAACGCUUCAGCAUUUAGAUCUCCGGCACGUCGACCGGAGCUCUAAAACCUUGCAGCCUCACGCUGCCGCUUUCCACCCCAUUCAGGCACUCGUAUCUGUAGCCGUCGGCACGUACGUCAUCGAAUUUGAUGCAUUUACUGGAUGUAAGAUCGCUGCCAUAGACAUCGGAUCGCCAGUUGUGCGCAUGGCUUAUAGCCCGACAAGUGGGAAUGCCAUUAUUGCUAUACUCGAGGUUAGCUUCUAAAGCAGCUGGAUUCACUUCAGAUUUUCAGAAGGCGCGUUUUUUGGCUGAUUAAGAUUUCGGACAUUCAUUUUACUAAUGUUUGCUAUCUUUUGGUGUGGCUGAUGGUUGCCCCCUAUAAUUUUCAGGAUUGUACAAUUCGAUCAUGUGAUUUUGAUGUUGAGCAAACCUGUGUGCUCCAUUCUCCUGAGAAAAGGACCGAACAGAUUUCUUCAGACACAGAAGUUCAUCUUGCCUUGACUCCCCUUCAACCUGUAGUAUUUUUCGGUUUUCAUCGCAGGAUGAGUGUGACAGG